GGGAGGCGGAGAGAGACGCAGCGGAGAAGGAGGCGGGCUCCCCUUCCCCUUCCGCUGGAAGCCGUAGCCGUGCGCGAUGGCGAGCGGGGUUAUUAAAUGCAAAGCUGCUGUUGCCUGGGAGGCAGGUAAACCUCUCUCUAUUGAGGAGGUGGAGGUUGCUCCACCAAAAGCUCAUGAAGUUCGUAUCAAGAUAGUUGCCACUGCUGUCUGUCACACUGAUGCCUAUACUCUGAGUGGUGCUGAUCCUGAAGGAUGUUUCCCUGUGAUCCUGGGACAUGAAGGAGCAGGAAUUGUAGAGAGUGUUGGGGAAGGAGUAACAAAAGUAAAGAAGGGGGACACUGUUAUCCCUCUAUACAUCCCUCAGUGUGGAGAGUGCAAGUUCUGUAAGAAUCCUAAAACAAACCUGUGCCAGAAGAUAAGAGUCACUCAAGGGAAAGGAGUCAUGCCUGAUGGUACCAGCAGAUUCACCUGCAAGGGAAAGCAGAUUUUCCACUUCAUGGGGACCAGCACCUUCUCUGAGUACACCGUGGUGGCUGACAUCUCAGUAGCCAAGAUAGAUGCUGCAGCACCUCUGGAUAAAGUGUGCCUGCUGGGCUGUGGCAUCUCCACGGGCUAUGGGGCUGCUGUCAACACUGCUAAGGUGGAGCCUGGCUCUACAUGUGCCGUGUUUGGUUUGGGAGGCGUCGGGCUGGCGGUUAUUAUGGGCUGUAAAGUAGCAGGAGCAUCCCGGAUCAUUGGCGUUGACAUUAACAAGGAUAAGUAUGCCAAAGCCAAAGAGUUUGGAGCUACUGAGUGCAUCAGCCCCCAAGACUCCAAGAAGCCCAUCCAGGAGGUUCUGGUUGAGAUGACUGAUGGUGGUGUGGAUUACUCAUUCGAGUGCAUUGGAAACGUCGGAGUCAUGAGGGCUGCCCUGGAAGCCUGCCACAAAGGCUGGGGACUCAGUGUGAUAGUCGGAGUGGCUGCUGCUGGCCAGGAGAUCUCCACACGGCCAUUCCAGCUCGUAACUGGGCGGACGUGGAAAGGGACUGCAUUUGGAGGCUGGAAGAGUGUAGACAGUGUUCCUAAACUGGUGACUGAAUAUAUGUCCAAAAAGAUCAAGGUUGAUGAAUUUGUGACUCACACGCUGCCUUUUGACAAAAUCAAUGAGGCUUUUGAGCUGAUGCAUUCAGGAAAAAGCAUUCGAACUGUCCUGAAAUUUUAGAGCCAAAUAUGGAUCUUCUAAGUGGCCAGCAGCAUGCUGACUGCCUUGUUAUCAUGGAAUUUUUGACAGAAGAUAGAUUCAAGCAACUGAAAACUCCCUGGGAUUAGAAAGACAUGUAUUUUAGGGUGAGCAUUUUGGGUACUAAAUAAUAAACUGUUAAUCACUGAAUAGCAUUAUGGAAUUAGUCCUGAUUAUGGAACUUCUGUUUCUAUACUCAUUCCUCAAAUUCAAUAGUGGCUAACUCAAACUUACUUAAUAAAAGCUUAUUUCUAAA